AUGCUUAGACCUGAGAUUGUCCAACAAACUACUGAGAAGGUGAAACUGGUUUGGGAGAAGACGAAAGCUUCACAUAGUAGGUAUAAAAGCUACCAUGAUAAGCGGAGAAAGGAUCUUGAGUUUCAAGAGGGAGACCAUGUAUUCUUGAGAGUCACUCUAAUGACCAGUGUAGGACGUGCUUUGAAGUCGAAAAAGCUUACUCCUCGGUUUAUUGGUCCGUAUCAGAUAUCCGGGCGAGUUGGACCCGUUUCUUAUAGAGUGGCGUUGCCACCGAAUUUGUCAAAUCUACAUGACGUGUUCCAUGUUUCACAACUUCAGAAGUAUGUUCCAUAUCCUUUGCAUGUGAUUCUGAUGGAUGAUGUUCAGGUGAGGGAUAGCCUUACAAUUGAGGCUCUACUUAUAAGGAUUGAUGAACAAGAAUUAAAACAGUUGAAAGAAAAAAAGAUUGCUCUCGUGAAGGUAGUAUGGGGAGGCGCUGCCAGAGGAAAUAUGACUUGGGAGUUGGAAAGUAGGAUACGAGAGUUAUAUCCAGAGUUGUUCACGUCAGUUGUGGUUGUGUUAUGUUAA